UUGUUCCCAGGCUGCCACACCAAGUUUCCUUUCCGUAGGUCACCUCCCCCUCAGUCAAUGACGAACAAACAUCAGCAACUUGUUCCAAGGUGCUCUCCGCCUUUAUCUGGGUGAAAACGAAAAUAAAACCCCCGAGCUGCUACAACCAGAUGUGAACAGAUCCCGGAAAACAAGUGAGGUAAAUAAAGUGCAUGAGCGGCGCGCCCCAGGCUGCCUGCUACAGUCACAGUUUAUGCCCCUAAGGACAGAGGGGUUUACAGCCAGCUGAGUGCACUACAGAGCUUUGCAAUGCUACACUGGUUAGGAAAAGUACUGCGCCGUGAGGGGUUAUCACCGGGUCACUACUGAAAGUCUACUCUGUGGCUGCUGCCCAUUUAGAAGUUGUAUCUUAAUGAAAGAUUACAUACUGAAAUGUGCUGAAUGCUGCGAGCAACUGCCUUCUUCCACAUUUGGAUCCUAACAAAGCAUCUGAAUUCCCAUGCCUAACAUGGAUGGUGAACUCCCUCUUCCUGUAACUAUUACAAGGCAGAACUCGGGUGCUGGGUGUUCACUCGAUUUUGAGCCCAAACUAGAAUAUGUGUUUGUGGAUAAUCUGCAAGAAAGAUACAAGUGUGCUAGAUGUCACCAGGUUCUUCAUAACCCUCACCAAACAGGAUGCGGUCAUAGAUUUUGUGAGAAAUGCAUAUCUGUUCUGAGAGAACUCCAGGAAAUGCCACAGUGCCCUAUAGACAAAGAAAUAAUAAAACCACAGGAGGUUUUUAAAGAUAAUUGCUGUAAAAGAGAAGUACUGAAUUUGCAGGUUUACUGCAAAAACGCCCCUGAUUGUGAAGUGAAAGUGACGCUAGGAAGAUACCAGGAUCAUCUAGGCAAAUGCUUGUCUGAAAAAAUUGCAUGUACCAAUGAAGGAUGCCAUGACAAAAUGCUGCAAAAGGACUUGAAGGACCAUCUGGACACGCACUGUAAAUUAAGAGAGGAAAAGUGUAAAUACUGCAGUCAGAACAUGGCUUCAAUAAACCUGAAGGGUCAUAUAAGAGUGUAUUGCCCUUUGUAUCCGGUGUCGUGUUCAAAUAACUGCUCCUUUGUGUGCCCAAGAGAAGAGCUGGCAGAACACCUGGCCCUGUGUCCAGAAGCUGAGAUAGAGUGUCCCUUUGUAAACUAUGGCUGUCAUUUUAAGGUAAAACAGGGGAAUAUAAAGGAGCAUGAAGACCAGUUCUUGAGGGAGCAUAUGCUAUGUGUUUUGAACAAGAAUACAAAACUAGAAGGACAGAUGUUGGAAUUGCAGGAAUGUUUGAAACAGAAAGAAAAUAAAAUCCAACAAUUAUCAGACAAGGUGAUGUGGUGUGAAAAAGAAUGCAGACAAUUUAUGCAGAAUAUGGGUGCAAAUGGAAACCAUCUUGCCAGCGCACAGACCCUUGCCAGUUAUAUUGAGAAAGCAGCCUGGCUGGAAACCCAAGUGGUACAACUGGUGCACCUGGUUAGCCAAGAGCAGAGCCGGCUUGAUCUGAGGCCAUUAGUGGAAACCAUUGAGUGUACCAAGCAAAAAAUAGCAAAUAUGGAAACCUGCAAGGAUCGUUUAGACAACCUGGAGUUUCGAUUCAGUGAGCAGGAUUUGCAGUUGAAUUUGCAUAAGUCGCAGCUGCGCAGCAAUGAAGAACGUUUUAAACUUUUAGAAGGAACCUGUUACAAUGGAAUACUGAUAUGGAAAAUUCCUGAUUAUGAAAAAAAGAAAAGAGAAGCAAUAGAAGGACGUAUUUUUUCCAUAUACAGCCAGCAGUUUUACACCAGCCGAUGUGGUUACCGUCUCUGUGGCAGAGCGUAUCUAAAUGGUGAUGGCUCAGGGAAAGGAGCCUAUUUAUCCCUCUACUUUGCUUUAAUGAAAGGGGAGUUUGACUCUCUGCUCUCUUGGCCUUUCAAGCAGAAAGUAACAUUGAUGAUACUGGAUCAAAGUGGAAAAAAGAACAAUAUAACAUAUGUCUUCAAAUCAGAUCCUAAUAGCAGCAGCUUUAAGAGGCCUGAAAACGACAUGAACAUUGGUACAGGAUGCCCGCGAUUUGUAUCUCACAGUCAACUGGAAAAUCCAAAGAAUGGCUGUUAUAUUAAAGAUGAUACAUUGUUUGUUAAAAUCGCUGUGGAUUUAACUGGACUGGAAGAGUUAUGAAAAAAAAAACGUUCAUGAAAAACAUUUCACACAAGUGUUUGUAUAAUUUGUACUGUAAAAAGAAGACUUUGGGAAUAUGUAAAGAUAUUUAUAUUAACAGAUUUUUGUGAGUACAUCUAUCAAUAAGAAAUAUGUACAUUAUCAAUGCAUAAUAGUUACUUCAGCAGGUUUUUUCCUCAAUAUAGCUGCAAUGGUUAGAGAAGAUGAUAUUGAAAUGACACAACCACAGUGACGUAAUUACAAAAAACUCCAUUUGCUGCUAUUGAUUUAAUAUAAUGAUCUAAACAAAUUAGUAUGCUCUCCCACCCAGUUAGCGUGAGUACACUCUCACAUAUCUGUGGGGUUUCCCAUCCCGCUAGUCCUCUAUAACCAAUUAGCUAGCUCUCCUAUUCCCCUAGUGUCGGUGCAUUCUCUCAUUCCCCAAGUUUAAGUGCAAUCUCUCCCAUACCCUGCUGUGUGCAGUGCACAAUCUCACCAGUCAGUGUGCGCUCUCAUUGCCCUAUUGUGAGUAUGCUCUUGUCAGUGUUUAGCUUCAGAAAGACAGGCAUUGUAUUUCAACUGAGUUCACAGCAGCUUAUUUGCUUCUAGGCAUGCUCCAGCAGAUAACUGUGCAGGUCUGCAUUCUACCAAAUCAAAGGUGGAUCUAGAUACAGCGAUAAAAGAAAUUGUGUGUGGGGGGGGGGGAGUUAGAGCUGUACAAUUAAGUAACUUAAAAGAAAGGGUUAAUGGCGAGGCACUGCAGUAUAAAUUUGCAGGUAAAGUAAUUAAAGCACAUCAUAUAAUAUAAAAGGCCAAGUGUGUUUGUUCGAAGCUGACAUGCACAGUAGAGACAGCACGAGGACAAACACACCUGGCCUUAGAGUCUACCUGAUCUGCUGCGGCACGGUGACGGUGGUCGAAAGUGGGCGUGGCCGGGGCCCAGUCACGCGAGAGAGAAGGGAAGGAGAUAGAAAGAGAGGGGGAGAGAGCAAAAGAGAUGGGGAAGAGCUAAAAAGAGGGUAAGAGAGAGCAAAAGAGUGGGUAAAGAUCAAAAAAGAGGGGGGAGAGAGCAAAAGAGAGGGGAAAGAGCAAAAUAGAGGCAAAAGAGAGGGGGAAGAGAGAAAAUAAGAGGGGGGAAAAGAGAGGGAUGGAGAGAGAGAGCAAAAGAGAGGGGAGAGAGACAGAGCAAAAGAGAGGGGAGAGAGAGUGCAAAAGAAAGGAGGAGAGAGAGAGAGCACAAAAGAGAGGGGAAGAGAGAGAGCGCAAAAGAGAGGGGGUUGAGAGAGAGCGUAAAAGAGAGGGGGGAGAGAGCGCAAAAGAGAGACGGGAAAGAGAGCACAAAAGAGAGGGGAGAGAGAGAGAGCAAAAGAGAGGGGAGAGAGAGCAAAAGAGGGGGAGAGAGAAAGCAAAAGAGAGGGGAGAGUGAGCAAAAGAGAGGGGGAGGGAGAGAGAGCAAGGGGUGGGACCGAUGUACUGCAAAAAAUGGCCCAUGUGAACGGGCUUUAGGACUAGUAUUAUUAUAUUUUGUCUCUAUGCCAACUUGUUUUAUGUUCCUUUAAAUGGUAGAAAAAAGGUUCAGGAGAAAAAUGUGUUUUACCAUAUGGAUAUACAAGACAUUCACCAAGCAUUUUUCACAAAAAAAUAAAUGCCAAAACAAGGGGUCACAAUCUAAAGUUAGAGGGUACGGUAGCAGAUUUAGGAGAAAUUUGAGGAAGCAUUUUUUUACAGAAAGGGUGGUGGAUUCAUGGAAUAAACUUCCAUUUGAGGUGGUAAACACAAAGACUGUAAAGGAAUUUUAAAAUGCCUGGUACAUGCAUAAGGCUAUCCUAAGGAAAAAGUAACAUGUAAUAUGGGUAGACUUGAUGGGCCUUUUUGGUUCUUAUCUACCGUCAAAUUAUAUGUUUUAAACCUUUAUUUUUUAUUUAAUUAAUAUUUUAUAAAACAGGAAACCUAAAAAUGUACUGAGCCUAGAAGAGCAAACAAAUACAUUAUGGUAAUUAAGAAAUCUCUGUAUUGACCCUUCUCUAAUUAAUAUCUUUUUAUUUUGCUCUUCUCCUUAUUUUUAAAUAAAACAACUUGAAAUGAAA